GGAUCUUCAGACUGCUGCAACCUCAGAGUGGGCGAUCGCCAUGAGUUUGGAAGCGCUUCGGUACCGCAGGGGAUCCCUGCAGAUUCUCAACCAGCUUCUGCUGCCUCAUCAGACUCUCUAUGAGGAAAUAAGCAGCGUUCGCCAGGGCUGGGAGGCCAUUCGGUCUAUGAAGGUGCGAGGUGCUCCAGCCAUUGCCAUUAUAGGUUGUCUGAGCUUGGCAGUGGAAUUGCAUAAUAAAGGAAAUGAAGAGCUGAGUUUGGGUAACCUGGAGAUUUUUGUGUUGGACUCACUAAACUACUUAAUAAGUGCCAGACCUACUGCUGUCAAUAUGGCCCGGGCAGCUCAGGAGCUGGGACAUUUUGUCCAACAGGAGGCAAAACACGAAGGGACUACUCCAGAGAGUUUACGAGAAAGCGUGAUCAACUGGGCAGAAGCGUUGCUAGACAAAGACCUGGAAGACAACAAAAGCAUUGGGAAACAUGGAGCUUGCCAUCUCUUGCAACGGGUAGGGCAGGACAAAGUGAGAGUCCUGACUCACUGCAAUACUGGCUCAUUGGCCACUGCUGGUUAUGGCACUGCACUUGGUAUCAUUCGCUCGUUACAUGCCAUGGGCUGUCUGGAGCAUGUUUACUGCACUGAAACACGGCCAUAUAAUCAGGGGGCCCGGCUGACUGCUUAUGAAUUAGUAUAUGAGAAGGUGCCUUCAACACUCAUUGCUGAUAGCAUGGCCUCCUUGGCAAUGAAAGAAAAAAAGAUAUCAGCUGUCAUUGUGGGAGCAGACAGGGUUGUUGCCAAUGGAGACACUGCCAAUAAAAUUGGUACUUAUCAGCUGGCAAUUGCUGCAAGAUACCAUGGGAUUCCCUUCUAUGUGGCAGCACCCAGCACUUCCUGUGACUUGCAAUUAAAACAUGGAGGGGAGAUCAUUAUUGAGGAGCGGCCAAGCCAGGAACUGACAGACAUCAAUGCUGUACGAAUUGCAGCACCAGGCAUUGGUGUUUGGAAUCCAGCCUUUGAUGUCACUCCUCAUGAACUGAUAACUGGUGGUAUUGUCACUGAGUUUGGCGUCUUUCCUCCUGCUGAACUUCAGGCAGCCCUCACAGUGUAUAAAAUAUAAAGAACCUGAGUUAAGUUGUUUCAGAUAGGGUGUGAAUCUAAUUUUCAACAAUUGUUACUAGGGCUUCUUUCCCUAAUCUGCAAUGUUUCCAGAUGUUUGGAAUGCAGAAUUUUGUACAACUGAAAAUUGUAGUUCCAGUACCUCUGAAUACCACUGGGAUUUGGGGAAAUUGUUCUAGAAACGUUUGAUUUUGAUGGGAAUGCUUGAUAUUUCUGCAAAUUCAGCAAAUUAAAUAAUGUUUGUUUCUUGAGUUUCAUCUACUUUGGCUUUGUGAAGGUUGCUUGAUUUUGGAAUGUUUGAGUCAUACUAUGACAUAUAAUUUUUCUUUGACUUCAAGUGAUUUUUUAAAAAUAUGUAUAGUAUAAUUCUUUAUCUGAAUCAUUUUUCAUUUGUUGCUUAGAUCUCUUUAUUGACAUUCUACUAUGUAUUCACUGCCCUGGUGGCACAGUGGUUAGAAUGCAGUAUUGCAGGCUAACUCUGCUCACAGGAGUUUGGUCCUGACAGGGGCUCAAAGUUAACCCAGCCUUCCAUCCUUCAGAGGACUGUAAAAUGAUGACCUGGAUGUUGGGGGCAAUAUGCUGACAUUGUAAACCACUCAGAGAGUGCUGUAAAGCAUUGUGAAGCAAUAUAUAAGUCUAAGUGCUAUUGCUAAUGCACCAUUUUCAAAACUGUUCUUAAGGUCCUUUGGUGUUGUAUUUCAUAUGAUUUUAAUCUUAUGACAACAGUUUUCUGCAGCAUUGCCUUCCAACGUAGGAGUUUUGUACCAGAAAAUCUUUUGCAAUACAUUUUAUGUAAACCUAAUCUUGGUAGAUAUAAAAGUAUGACCCUCUACUGAUCUCUCUAUUGGGGAAGAGGCAAGGAAAUUCAGAAACAAUAGCCUAUCAUAAUAAGGUUCAUGGCAGAGGUCACCAUUGGAUUACUUCUGCUUUACUUUCAGUAGGGUAACUGUUUAGGGUCAAUGUACAUGACAAAUAUAAGUUGUGAAUGUAUGACAUGACAUUUAAGUUCCUUCUUGAGUACCUCAGAUCUUGCAAGCUGAUUCUUGUUUUCAUUUUCUGUUCUUUAGACAAAAUUCAUUCCUCACAACAGGCCAUGUAUUUGUCAUUACUUUUCAUCAGAAUAAGGUGAAAUUCCACAAUAUGCUAUUUUGAAAUGAAAAUUGGGUGCAGAAGGAGAAAGAUAAAACUUCAGAGCAGUGGAAUGGGAUAAAGUUUCUAUUGUGACAAAUAAAAAUUAAAAACAUAGACAAGAAUUGUUUUGAAUGAAUAUUGCUUAAAUACAAAAGUAUGAUGAGAAUGUAAGAAGUUUAUUAAGGUGGACUGAAUAAUUGCAAAUUGAAAUUCAACACACAUACCCAUACAUAUAUACAUACACACGAAAAAUGAAAGGGCUGAAAGAAAGAGAAAGACUUAAAAUAUGAUGAUUCUCAAAAUCAAAAGUUAAUGAGAUCAAAAAAAGAAAAAAAGUGAUAAAUCGAAAGCUCCAAAGCCAGUUCAUGACACAAUGUAUGGACGUAGUGGAAGAAAGGAUAGUUUGCAAGUAUAGAAAAGUAUGGAGAAGAAAAAUAGAAUAGAAUAGAAUAGAAUAGAAUAGAAUAGAAUAGAAUAGAAUUCUUUAUUGGCCAAGUGUGAUUGGACACACAAGGAAUUUGUCUUUGGUGCAUAUGCUCUCAGUUUACAUAAAAAGACAAGAUACAUUCAUCAAGAAUCAUAAGGUACAACACUUAAUGAUAAUAAUAGGGUACAAAGCAUUCAAAUCAUACUAGGAAACAUCAAUAUAAAUUGUAAGGAUACAAGCAACAAAGUUACAGUCAUGCAGUCAUAAGUGGGAGGAGAUAGUAUUAGUGUUAACUAGAUUUAGUUAGAUUUUCUUUCAUAUUCUCUUUUAUUUCUUUUCUGAAGUAUUUCCUACUCCUUUUCUGUUCCUUGAGUAACACUGAUAAUCCCAAAGGAAAUUGUGUGAUGAUGCAUAUGAAUAUGAACACUGCUCAUAUUUGACUUAAUAAGGAGAUAUAAACAAAAGCAUGAAUAAAUAAAAGCAUGUACCAGAAAUUGCGUUGAUCCAUAAACAUGAUCAAAAUAGAUAGAAGUUUAAUCAAUCUAUCUGUCAAUGAUGCUGUUAGAAUUACUGUGAUUAUGUAUUGAAAUGCUUUGAACUCUUCAAAGAUUCUGUUCCUUAACUGUUUUAAUACAGCAGAAUUAAUGCUGAAAUGAAAAUGGACAACCUCAUAUAGAAAGGAAGAAUCUGUGGGGGUCUGUAUAGGUAUGGGCCAUUUUAAUUGGACAGAAUGAAAACAACAAUAGUUCAUGCCCAUAAAUCUGUUUUUUCUAAAGCAUUUAAAUUUCCUAGGGCUUCAGAAUCUAUAUAGGAGAUUUUAAAUUUGCAACUAAUCAUUUUCCAAAAGUAUAGCUCAAAGGAAUCUAAAUUUAACUUACUGGAAGAAAAAAAGAGGUUAUGCUAGCUUUGAUUGACUAUAAUUUUCAGCAGCUGCAGAUCUAACCCUAUUUUUAAAAAAUGCUGCAUCAAUUAAAUGAACUGAAUUUGAAGUUAUGACUGCUGUAGUAGAGCUGAUCACUACCUGUGUAAAUGUUCUGUAUAGUUUGGUUGCGUUUGACUGACCCUAAUGAUUUUUUAUUUCACCAAUUCACAGAUGGGUUCUUGACGUACUGUGUUCAUGAAAAAUCCUAAUGUGAAAAUUUGCUUAAGGUCAGGAUAAUUUAAAUAGGCUGUCAAGAGAAGCUUUUAGAAAACCCAGUAUGUGACUCUAAUCUGCAAGAAUUCUCAUUAGGUAUGCCUUAUAUUAAGACAUUGAUUUUUGGCUCUGUUCCUUCAAGUGGAAAGUUCCUCUUUCAUCAAUGUGGAUGGUGGGUAUAUUAAAAAUAAUUUCUCUCUCUGGAUGUUGUAAUGCCUAUUUAAUGGUCUUGAUGGAAAGGUUAAAACCAAUUAUUGUUGUGAUCUUUUUCCUGCUGGCAUUUCCAUUGUGUAUCAUGGGUCAAACAAUUAGCAACUAUAAAAACCUUCAUUGUAGAAUGCUGCUCUUGUUCUAUCUAUGUAUCAAGAGCAAAUUAACAUUUUUUUUUCAUUAAAAUGAAUUCCCUAAGAUUAGGUUAUUGUUAUGGCUUCGUAACAUUUGCUACAAAAUGUACCAUUUCUAAUCCACAUGGAAAUAAAUUAUUCUUUAUUCCAACUAUUGCCGAAUAUUUAUUUUAACCACAACAGGAAGUUAUGUGGGUUGUAAUGGCCAGAAGAGGCAGGGACUUGGACAUUCAUAUGUAGCAGAAAUUAUUAAAAAAAGGAAAGCCAUAGCUUUAUAAAAGUAUCGAUUUUAUUUAAUUUGUACAAAAUCCAUCUUUUCUUUCAGAAAAUGUACUUUUGAUUUUCUUCUUUCCUUGUCUAGUUUGGGAUUCUUCAAAUGAGACAAAAAUGUCUUGUAUUUGUUUAAUUAAAAUAAUAUCUUUUAAAAUAUCCUAUUUAUUUUGUACUUUUGUCUCUGGACCUAAAACUAUGUUUUUUUGGCACUAGGUGGCAUCUGAACUCUGUCCAUUGUUUUAAAAUGAUUUCUGCAGGUGGAAGAAUAAAAUAGUUUGCUAUUGUUUGUUUUUAUUUGAUUUACUGUAAAGUCAUUUUGACAAUAAAUUUGAUGAGCCUGA